AUGAGUGAAGCAAGCCCAGUUCUGCAAUUCGGCCCCGAUUUACAAGAGUACGCGAUUUCUGACCGGGAGUUUCUUCGCCAGCAUCCUGAAUAUGACAUCCUUUGUACUGGUGUAGUCGUCUUCAAUCGCGAUAGGAAGCUCUUGCUAGUGCAGCGUGCCAAAGACGAAAAGGCAUUUCCCAAUGCAUGGGAAAUUCCAGGAGGCAAGGUAGAUGAUACCGACGAAACCAUCCUACACGCCGCCGCUCGUGAACUGAAAGAGGAGACCGGCCUUGUUGCGACCCGGGUCCUUCGAAAGGUCACACAAUUCACUUUCGACGACAGGCGGCCAGGACGUGCAAACAAGACGUGGCUGAAGUUCAUCUUCGAGAUGGAGGUUGAGGACGCCAGCCAUGUCAGUCUGGAUCCCGUUGAGCAUCAAGACUUUCUAUUUGCCACAGAAGAGGAGGUGGCUGCGGAACAAAGCGGAGAGGUGAAGCUCGCAUAUGUGAGCGAGCCCAACAAGAUGGUGAAACUGGAGGCUUUCAGACUCCGAAAGAUGGUGAGAUGA